AUGAGAUGCUGGAUGCAGCGAUCGCCGAAGCCCAAGCACGACGACGAGCCCAACAACAUGGACAUCGACCACUGCCGAGCUCUGCCCCUGUUGGUUCCUGUCCCUGAGGACGCAGAGUUCGACGACAUGGACUUUGAGGACGCUCCACUGGCGAUUCAUGGACUUCAUGGACAAGCUGGCUUUGUGGCUUACCCCACGCAACCUCCCGAGAUGGAAAGGUUCAACGCCUUCCCUAUGGUACCUGCUCUACCUGGAGGACAUCCCAGUCCUGCUGAGACUGGAGUGGCAUCUGAAGAAGGAUGUCAACACCUACGCACUACGAAGAGAGGAAGCAAUGGGCCAAAGGAGAAGGUGACCUGCUUGGACUGCAACAAGGUCCUACGUCAUGAAACUCGAGCUGGAGCUGGUGCUGUUCCAAUGGAAGUCAAAGAUCGACAGAGCUGCAAGCAUGAGAAGAAGCACUACAGAGGCACCACAGGCACGACUUGGAAAUGGACGUGCACGGAAUGCGGUCACUCUGAGACCGGCAAGAAGAACCCCGGCGAGACCGGAAGAUAUGGAGCUGAACAAGUAUCUUCAAGAUCGGAGAUGGCGAGCUCUUUUGCACCUACAACAUCUUCAGAGGAUGAACGUGGACUUGAAUUUCAUCCUGGAGAAGUCGUGGCUUUGAUGCAGAACAGCCUGGCCAUUCAGACCGAAAUGGGUGUUGAAGUGACACCACAACGGCUGGACAUCAUCUACAGCAAGUGCAAAGCUCUGGUCUAUGGAGAAGGUGCACGUGAUGUUUUGGAUGAAGAUCUGGAUGCAUGGGAUCAUGAGAUCCUGAAAGGUGGCAAGUACAACGGCAAGCCCUUUCGAUGGGUCUUCGACAACGACAACCAGUAUUGCAAGUUCAUCUUUGGCAAGUACAACGCUGGUGACCUACGUGACCCUUCUUUGAUCGAGCUGGCGCGCUAUGUGCACAAGAGGCCCCUCAUCAGGACAUUCUCAUCACCUGAAGAUCGACCUCCACAGGUCUACAUGGUCAAGAAUGACGACGCCAACAUCACCGAGGACACCAUGGUGGCUGUGAUUGACACGGGCUGCAACAACACGUGUCAUGGCUCAAUCUGGAUGGAAGCCUACUUGAAGGCGACUGGACUUCAAGUGCCACUGGAGCCCUGUCUGGGCAAGUUCAAUGGAGUUGGCGGCAAGAUCAAAGCGAUUGGCAUGAGGAGGAUUCCUGUGACCUUCAGCUUGGAGGAUGGCACUGAAGCUCAAGGCGUGAUCGUGUCAACUGAGCUGGAGGGCAGCAACGUGCCACUGCUUUUGAGCACCAAGGCACAGAAGACCUUGGGACUCUUGCUGGACAUGCAUGAUCGCACCGUCUUCAGCAAGUCUUUUGGGCAACAUCUACAACUGGUGGAUCGAGAUGGACUUCCAGGAAUUCGACUUCUACCUGGAGAACAUGGAGAAGCAUCUAUGGCUUUGCACAUCAACGACUCCACCAUCAACGUUGAUGACGAUGACAACGACAAUGAGGAGAUCGAGGCUUUGGACAAGUCCGACAAGCACCUGAUUGAAGAGGAGAACACUCUGGAGUAUGUCAAGCUGGACGAUGGAUCGAUCAAGCAGCUGACCAAAGGACAGAAGAAGAUGCUGCAUGAAGGCUUGGAUGACUUGGAGAAGGAGGACACCGCUUUGUGGACCACACUACGUGAGAAGAACAAGCCCACAAAGACGCCCGGUCGACUACUUCUUCGAGGAUGUGGCGUUGCACUCUUGGAGUUGUUCAGCGGUGCAGCGACCUUGACCAUGAUGGUGGCAUCACUUGGAUUGCCUGUUGCCGAACCGAUCGACGUCCUGGACAAUCCUGCUUUUGAUCUACUUCGACCCGAAGGACGACGCCUUGUGGAGCAACGAAUUGAACAAGAGGAUCCAAUGCUUUUGAGCAUGGCACCCAAAUGUGCUCCAUGGUCCCCUCUUCAGAACAUCAACGAGGCGAAGUCCGACAUCACUGCUGAGAAGUUGGAGGAGGAAAGACGACAGUGGUAUCCAGUCAUCAAAUGGCUGACAGAAUUGGCCAAGAAACGUCUUCAACAAGGACGUGAAGUGAAGUGA